GUCAAAAUAAUAUAAAUCAAAUAGCUGUAGAAUCCCCCAGAGAGCCAUCUCAGCUCCACCAAAUUCCAACGGCAAAAAAAUCACCUCGCUUUCUCUCUCUAGCCAACCAACCACUCACACACACACUGUUCUUCGCAAACUUCCCCAUCUCUCUCUCCCCAAAUCAAUUCGCCGGAAACAAACUGAAAAACAAAUCGAACCAAACAAUCGGAAAUUCUGUUAACCAUCUCUCAAAAUCCCCCAAAAUACCCAAAUCCAACGUCAAUUUCGUCCUUUUGUCCCCUCAUUUCUCAGACAAGUUUGAAUUCCGAUGGCCGGAACUCUCUUCUCGAAGCUCUCCGACGACGUCGUUGUGAACAUCCUCUUCAAGCUCGAGGAGGACCCGCGGAACUGGGCUCGGCUCGCCUGCUCCUGCACCAAGUUCUCCUCCAUGAUCCGAAACGUCUGCUGGAAGACCAAGUGCUACAAGGUCAUUCCUUCCGUCGUCUCCGAUCUCCUUGCCGGCUCCUCCGAGCCUCCCGGCGGCUGGGCCGCUCUUCACAAGCUCGCUGUCUGCUGCCCCGGCCUCCUCCACUCCGGCGUCCUCUUCGAGAACUCCGACUUUGGGCUCGAGCGCGAGCUCGGUCCCGACGAGGAUUACCGGAGAUUGGACUCCAGUCCGCUCGGCGUAUCUCCGGCGGCGAAGCCUCCGACCGAGGCGUCCUCGAGCCAAAUUGGCGCGAAUCAGGAGGGUGGUUCCUCUGGAAAUGAUUGUUCUUGGUCUCUGUUCGAUGAUCUUUAUUUCGAUACAGUCUAUAACGAUUCUGAAGCCCAUGAUCAAGAGCAAGACAAUUCCCAAUUAGAAUCAGCGGCGACGGAGGCGGCGGAGGAUCAAGUCUCCGUCGAUGUCGAUAAUGGCUCCGUUCGAGUGGGCAGCGAAUUUUCGAUUUGCAAGAAAAGGAAGGUGUGCAGACCGAUGAGGUCGCAUUUGGCUUCUGGGGUUUGGAAUCUGAGCCGUGAGCAGGGCAACAAGCUUCUCCACAGCCGGUUCCGCGGCGACCGCUUGUACAUUUGUGAUUGGCCCGGCUGCGUGCACAUCGAAGAGAAGCGAAAUUACAUGCUUUUCAGAGGGAUUUUCAAGGAUUUCAAGGGGUCCCAAGUGUGGAGGACGAUCAAGGAUGGGAACCGCAGCAAGAUUGAUCUGAAUUGCGCGUUUUGCACCUGCAAAGACACUUGGGAUUUGCAUUCUGCAUUCUGCUUGAGGCGGGUUUUCGGGUACCAUGACGAUGGCGAGCCGGUUGUUCGAGCUUAUGUCUGUGAAAAUGGACAUGUCUCUGGGGCUUGGACCGACCUGCCAUUGUACUCUUGAUGGAGAUUGCUCUCUAAGGAGGGCAUGUACUAAUACUCCGAAGCACCAUAGAGUUCUCGCUCUCCAGGAUCUGAGGAGAGUGGAAUGUGUUUUUAUUUCGAUGUAUGUCAAUUUUUUCAAGCGUUGUUGCUGCUGUUAUUGUUGUGUUCUCAAAACCUUCUUUGUUGUAUUGUUGUUUGCGUUUCAAUAAGAUUGUAUUAUGUCAAUGUCAUGUUGUAAGAUUUUAAUAAGAUCCUAAAUUUAUAUUGAGAUUUCGAA